UUUGACAUUCGUCAUUUUCCUUGUGAUUAUUGGGGAAGUGAAUCGUGUUUUUGAUAAACUAUACUUUAAAUUGCUCUACAUAUUCAUAUUAAAACAAGAAGUACAUUAUCACCUUUCACAAUGAACCACAUUAAGAGCGGCAACAAUGUUCUCAUUGUUUGGAAGAACAGUGAACAGAGUGAUAUUAGCAAUUUAGUGAAUGAACUUCAAAGUGUAAACGCUUCUUUUGUUCUGGAAAACUCUGAAAUGAUCACUGAAUCUUCUAGACCCAGCUCAACGUUCGAUGUUAUCCUCUCAAACUGGUUGGCACCACACUCAGUGCAACAUAACGACAGUCUCCUAGCAAUAUUUGUUAAACUACUUAAACCCAGUGGGAAAUUAGUACUGAAGGAUGGAAAAGAUUUGAUAAGUGCACUCAAAUUAAAUGGCUUCGUAAAUGUCGUAAAAGAUGCAGGCAAUGUUUACAUAGCAGAGAAACCUAAGUUUGAGGUUGGUUCCAAAGCAUCACUAAAGCUGGGUAGCAAGCCAGCGGUGUGGAAACUGGAUGACACAGUAGAAGCAGCGUGGACAGGGAACAAUGAUGAUGAAUCCAUAGAUGCUGACCAACUACUAGACGAAGAUGAUCUGAAGAAGCCUGACAAAGAAUCUCUUAGAGUAUGUGCAACGACGGGAAAACGAAAGGCUUGCGCUGACUGUUCGUGUGGCUUGGCUGAAGAGUUGAGAGGAGAAGUUAAAGAGGCUCCCAAAUCCUCAUGUGGAAGUUGCUACCUCGGCGACGCGUUCCGCUGCGCGUCGUGCCCGUACCGCGGUAUGCCAGCCUUCAAGCCUGGUGAGAAGGUGAUGCUCGACCUCAACAACGAUAUAUAACGCAUCCACUGUCGAGUGUCGACCCUUUAGUAUUCCAUGUUGUGAUCGCUAUAAUAAAUCUUUGUAAGUA